AUGAAAUUAGAGGCAAUUGAAACAGAUUAUGCAAAGAUUAUUGAAGAGUCAUAAUAAUUAUAGCUUUAAUGAAAUAAUUUGAAAUCAACUUAAAAGCAAAGAGGUAAAGAUACUUAAUUCUAAUAUUGGAAGAAUGGUUUCAAACAUGAGGAGCUAUGUUCGCCGCUGAAAUUUCAAAGAUAAUGGCAUAUUUUCAAGACUAAGAAUGAUCAAUAUGAUAAUUUGAAGGGAAAUAAUCAGUAUAUAGGAAAAUUAGUUACUUAGUUAUCAACUUUAAAAGAGAUGCUGGAAAAUAUGAAGAAUAUAUUAUUUAAUUGAAAGAAUAAAUUGACAACAUCAAGCAAAUUUAGUUUAGGAUUAGAAGAAUUUGAAGACCAUAAAUAAAUUAAGGAAAAUUUUGAAUAAAAGAACACUAUUUUAUUAUUUUUUUUAAACCAAUUAAUUUUGAAUGUUAAAAUAGAUGAUUUGAUCUAAGAAGUCUAAAUAUUGAAAAAUGUAUGCAAUUAGAUGAAAUUAUUUAAUGAAUUGGAAAGCAAAUUUAAGCGUUGA